AUGGCGGUCACGGACUCGUCUUCUCAACAACCAUCAAAAUCACCCAAUCUCAGCAUAUCCCAUCACAACCAAUUUUUAGUGUGGAGGGAAUUCUUAUGGGGCGGAAUCGCAGGAGCAUUUGGUGAAGGAAUGAUGCAUCCUGUUGAUACAAUUAAGACACGGAUACAAAGCCAAGUUAUUCUCAGUGGACGCCAGAACCAAAAAAGCAUAUUACAAAUGGUUCGGACAGUUUGGGCAAUAGAUGGUUUAACGGGUUUUUACAGAGGAAUAGCACCAGGAGUCACUGGAUCACUUGCGACUGGAGCUACUUACUUUGGAGUGAUUGAGUCCACCAAGAAAUGGAUAGACACGUCACAUCCUAGCCUCGGUGGCCACUGGGCACAUUUUAUUGCCGGAGCUAUUGGUGAUACGCUUGGCUCAGUUAUUUAUGUUCCAUGUGAAGUGAUAAAGCAACGCAUGCAGAUUCAGGGCUCAAGGAAGUAUUGGACAUCUGUUGUAGCGAAAGACAGUUCCCAUGUCAAACAUGGCACGCACUUAUAUGGCUACUAUUCUGGGAUGUUUCAGGCUGGAUGUUCAAUAUGGAAGGAGCAAGGCAUGAAAGGAUUGUAUGCAGGAUACGGGUCCACGCUUGCACGGGAUGUGCCAUUUGCUGGCCUUAUGGUUACUUUCUAUGAGGCUUUUAAAAGCAUGGCACAGUACGGGAAGCAAAAUUGGUUUCCCAACUCAAAUUUUCAAGCUAAUAGUUCUCUUGAGGGACUUUUGUUAGGAGGAUUAGCUGGUGGUUUGAGUGCAUAUCUCACCACUCCUCUGGAUGUUGUCAAAACAAGAUUGCAGGUACAAGGGACGACUGUGAGGUACAAUGGAUGGUUGGAUACUGUUCAUAAGAUAUGGUUGACUGAAGGUAUGAGAGGGAUGUUUAGAGGUAGCGUCCCCAGAAUUAUGUGGUACGUUCCAGCUUCAGCUCUUACUUUCAUGGCUGUGGAAUUCCUCAAAGAACAUUUCAAUGACAAAUUGCAAGAAGUAGCUUUUAUAUCCAUAGACAAAAAAGGGUCAUCCUUGCAAGACGCUCUUAAAUAA